CCGAUGGGUUCUGGACAGGAGUGAAAGUUGCACUUAAACGCGUCAAAAAUUAUCUAAAUUAACACAAAAGCCAAUAAAAAAUCGAAACGAUGCGUUGCGCGACGGCUGUGGCAUGCUGGACGGCGGUACAGCUCGGUGCAGCACUGCUGCCACAGAGGACGCUGCAGCGUACGCCAACGCCGCGACGAGACGCCUCGUCGGCGCGCGACGUCACGCCCGAGCAAGCCGAAAAAAUGAAAGCGAUGGGCUUCCGCUGGGACGAGGAGCGAAGGACCUGGACGCGGCGGCCGCCAGAUGUAAAAAAGCCGCCAAAGCCGCUGCGUUCUGGUAUGCGGCUGCUGAAGCUCGGAAAUGCAUCGCCGGACGAGCGCGCCGCGGCGGAGGUCUUCAUGGAGCGGCUCCGGACCGCGCGCAAGGCGUCGUUCCGCGACACGGACACGUCGACGAAGCUUUCCAAAUUCUUGAAAUACUGUCUGUCGCAGCCGGCGACGUUGCCCGUCUUCGCGGUUGCCUGCGUGGGUCUCGGCGUUGCAGCAGCGGCGAAUGGCGGGGCGGACGUCGGAAGCCUCGAUACCACGACUCUGACUUGCGGCCUCGCCGCCGGCGUGCCCGUGGCCGCGGCGCGUGUGGCGGCGCAUCGGGCGUCGGCCGGCUCGGAGCCGCCCGACGGGCGCGCGCUCGAGCGCUCCAUCGUCGAUGCGGCAACGGGGUCCUACGCUAUUCCGGCGCCGCACGACUGGAGGGCUACGGAAGGCCCCUGGAAAGUCGGCACGAUCGGGUUGGCCGCGAUCGCGGACGUACCUCGCGUAGCUCUGUUGCACGGCCGCAUCCAGCCGGCUUUUGUGCCGCUCGAGGGCGAUGCGUGGCUGGGCAUCGCCGGCGCCGCGGCCGUCGCGACGGCUCUGGCUCUCCUCCCAGCAGCGAUCGGCUACGUCGACGACGCACUCUCGGAUCUACCAAGAGAUGGGAGGAUCGACGACGGCAAAGAGGUCGAGCGCGAGACGGCCAAACGAUUCUCGUCGGGUGCGCGCGCCUUCUUCGCGGCGAACGACGACGCAGAGGCUUCGGAAGUGAAAGCCGCGUAUGUAUCACGCCUCGCCGACGCCUGGACGACGGCCUUUACGACGCCGCCACCGCCUGCCGUGCGUGCCGCGCGGACGGCCGUCGAGAGCGCUGCCGCGGCCGCGGCCGCGGCGUCCGGAGGCCUCGCCGCGGCGUGG